AUGUACAUUAGAAUACACUCGUCGUGGGAAGGAGGACAUCGUCGCUGGGGUAAGGUAAGUAAAUAAAGGUUUUUUUUUAUUUACUAUGAAAAACUGCUGUUAAUCAGAUAAUUUUAAAGUGUCUAUGGGAGUGCUGCCUUCAAAGGAAAGUAGUUUAUAAUAUACUCAGCAUAGCAAAUUAUAAUCUACUAUAUAGCAUAUAUAAAGAAACUAGUCCUGCGCUCAAACUCCCAUUACUCCUGGGCCCAGCAAUGACUAUAGUACACAUCAGCCAAAAUACAUAUAGUAAAAACCAAAGAAAAAAAGUUACCUGCACUUUUUUCAUAUCCCUAUGUAUUUGUAAAUAAAUGGAGGUUUUAAGUUAUCUCCAAAGGCCAUUAGAGGGUAUGCCCAGCUGCCACGUCAAGGCAGACCUCUUAGGUGGUCCUAACUCGGAGUGUAUAUCAGCCUCCUUAGAGAGUGGGUAUACCUCCUAAUCUUUAUGGACAAAGGAAUUUAUCUGUGCUGUUAUUCCCAUUACUCUCAGACACCCAAAAGUGGAUAAUUGUGGAAAAUACAUUCCACAGCAUCUUGAAUGCAGGUACCUAUAACUGCAAGUCACCAAUUACUAUAUGCUUCCAUACUUAUAACAUUUAAUAUUGUGUGCAUGGCAGGUCUCGGCUUGGGAGCACAAGUAGCCAAGAGCUACACUUUGGUAGAUGUUGAUCUAGCUGGCAGCCUUUCCUUGUCUCAUGGUCAAAUCAGGAGAAUACUAGCAAAACAAUCAAUAUAUUUUCAGAACAGUAACAGGUCUGUAUACUGCUCCCUGACAGGGCCAGUGGUGGAAGGAUUUUGGUUACACAGGGAAAGAUGCACUUUGCUGCCCCCACCACCACCAUCAAAACAUGCAUCUUCAGUUGUGUGUCUCUUAACCCCCCUUUUGAACGUCUUACCCCUUUUGUAUUUUUUAUCCCCUCUUUGUAAUGUCUUACCCCCUUUUAGUGUAUCCUAUCCCAAUAGUGUAUCGUAUCCUCUUUUGUGUUUCUUUUACUACCCUUGAUUGUGUGUUCUCUACUCCCCCUUAUGUGUCUCAUAACCCCCAAGCCCUUUUGUGUGUGUCCCUUUCUACCCCCAAGCCCUUUGUGUGUCUCUUCCCUCCUUUCCCGGCUCCUUCGUGUGUCUCUUUCUUCCUUUUCUCUGUGUGUUUCUUUCCCCAAGUCCCUUUAUGUCUUUUUUCUGCUUCCUCGGCUCCUCUGUGUGUCUUUUCCCCAUGCAACUUGUCUCUUUCUCUGCAUCCCCUCUGUGUCUCUUUCCACCAGUCCCUUUGUUUCUUUUCCCCCCUUCCUCAGCCCCUCUGUGUGUCUCUUUUCCCAUGUCCCUUUGUGUCUUUUUUCCGCUUCCUUGGCUCCUCUGUUUGUCUCUUCCCCCAUGCAACUUGUCUCUUUUUCUGCAUCCCCUCUGUAUGUCUCUUUCUCCCAGCCCUUUUUGAGUUUCUCUUUCUCAACUUCCUCUCUGUGUUUGUCUCUCUCUCUCUGCCUUAUGGUUGCGCCGGCCCUGCUCCCUGACACUAUUCCUUCCUGAACUUGGUAUAUAUCCUGUGAGAGCGUGUGUUCAUCAACAGCAGGUAUGUUAUAUUACGUCCUUUCACUUUUGUAAGAGUCUGUAUCACAGUGGGAAUUCAAUGCAGGAAAACAGAAAAAGUAAAUAUUACCAGGGAUAAGGUGAGAAUUCUCUCCUAAUGAAUUCAAAGGCAAUUUGAAAUCAUAACUGACUUUUUCCAAAUCAGCUAUUUUAGCUCUAAAUUUGAAUUUCACUUAGAGAUUCCGCCAAUCCUCGCUUUAGUAAAUAACCCUGACAAUACGAAUAAUAGAGAAUUCAAAUAUAGUGGCAGUCUCCUGAGAUAAGAUCUCACAAAAAAAUAUAUUCGGGCAGCUUGCAAGCACUCCCCUUUUACCCCAUCCAGGGGCUUUCUGUGGCUGUUCAAUGCAGUUCAAUAGGAAGUCUUUGCAAGACAGUAGUUCUUGGCAACUUUUUCAUCUUGAAUUUAGCACUACUGAGCUGGGAUGUGGGGGUUGUAACAAGGUUAAUUUACAAGUGCUAAUUUCUAUUGUAAAAUGAUAAAAGGACACACUCUUUACACUUUAAUCACCUCAGCAAGCUAAAGUGUUUAGAUGUUUGGAGUGUUCCUUUAAGCACAGCCACUCUAAUAAAUCAUAACACUCCCCUAUUUGUCCUUUCUUGUUAGAUUUUACACUUUGAAACCUUAACAAGAGAGCUACUUAGAAUGAUGGAAGUGCAUAGCUUCCAACAUUUCAAAUGGCCAAAGAGGGAUACUUUCAUUUUAGUGGUGUGAGUGAGGGUGUGGCCAGGGGCAGGGCAGUUGAGAUAAAUUGUAGGUGAAUUAUUAAUAACAAUAUAUGCAACUAGAAUGUAAUUUAGAACAAUGUAUCUUAUUUACACAGACUGAUUUCUAAACACGUUUAUUUAAAUUUAAAGGAUACAAAUUUGUAUUCCUAGCAAAAUACUUCCCACAACCUCCCUCCCCCAGCACUGUAAGGGUUAAUAAACCCUUACUGUAAUAAUCCGGUCAGCACUGAAUCAGCACUCCUCCUCCUCCAGGGGGCGGGCACUAAUGUGCAUGGGCGGUGGGUGCCUAGGCACCCUUACCAUAGGCAAUGCUGCAAAACUUUCCUAUGGGGAUUUGAUUGAUGCUGAAUGUCCUCAUGCAGGGUGUAAAGAUUUCCAGUGUCAGUUAGGCGACCACAAGUCGCCUAGCAAGCAGGAAGUUCCUCUUGUCUGAUUGACAGGCACUAGAGACAGCCUUAGUCCUGUAAUGUAAUUAUUGCAGUUUCUCAGAAACUGCAUUAAUUAACAUUGCAGGGUUAAGGCUCACUGCACCCAGGGAGGGAGAGAAGACCCGGGAGUUGUAGCUUGCAGCUCCGCAUGGUCUCCUCUCGCGAGCACGCAGCGUUGCCGUGGUUACCACGGCAACGCUCCUUUCUCGCGAGAGUGAACUCUAGCCCUGUAGGUGCAGGCUAGAGUUCACUCCCCCACUAGAACUGCCAGGGAUUCCACUGGACCACCAGAGAUUGGAAAUAAUAUCCCCCGUCCCUGGGCAAAGGUAAGAAGGGAGGGGGGAUAUAAAGCAUAUAUUUUUAAUUUAAAAAAACAACACAUUUGUUUUAAUCAACCCCCUCCCCUAACUACACACACACUGCCCCACCACACACACUACCCCCACUGUACCCCCAUACACACACUUUUCCCCAUACACAUAUUUCCCAAACUGCAUCCCAUACACACACUACCCCCACUACACCCCCAUACACACACUACCCUCACUGCACCCACAUACACACACUACACCCCCAUACACACAACGCCCCCACUGUACCUCAUACAUACACUUAUCCCCCAUACACACAUUUCCCAAACUGCAUCCCAUACACAACUACCCCCACUGCACACCCAUACUCACACUGCCCCCACUGCACCCCAUACACACAAUGCCCCACUGCACCACAUACACACACUGCCCCCACUACACCCCCAUACACACAAUGCCUCCAAUGUACCCCCAUACACACACUUCUCCCCCACACACACUGCACCCUCAUACACACAGUGCUCCCACUGAACUCCCAUACACAUACUGCCCCCACUACACCCUAAUACACACACUGGCCUCAUACAUACAGUGUUCCCACUGCACCCCAUAUAUACACUGCACUCCCAUGCACACACUACAUCCCUCAUACAAACACAGACUGCCCCUCCUACACAUAGUGCUCCCACUGCACCCCCAUACACACACUGUCUCAGAUACACACACUGUCCCACAUACAUACACACACCUACCUACCUAGAGGCCCUAUCCCCAUACUACAGGCCCUAUCCUGGAAGGCCCCAGGUAAAUUGUCAAACUGUUCUGAAAUGGUUUAACUAUUUACUCUGGGAGGGCACCACAGCACUCCUGGCACCAUAACCAUUACAGAGAGCUGUAGUGGUUAUUGUGCCUGGAUUGUUUCUUUAAAUAAUCUAUGAGUGCCCCUCCCGAGACGAGGCUCUGGAUCCGCCAGUGGUUGCUGUGGGAUCAAUGAGUAAAAUUCCAGGAGCCGCCUAUAUAGAAAUUGUGUCAUAAAGUUCAAGUCUCUGUGUUCUAGCAAUGUGGCCAGGGGAUGAAAUUUACCCUCUGGAGGCACAUGUCAAAUUUGGAGGGAUGUUCCCUUAAGAGCUUCUGAAAAGCAUCAGUCUCCGCACCUCAGGGGAAAACUGGAUUAAAUGUAACUGGCAAGAAUGGAAAUGGAAAGGAGCAAUGGAAAGCCAGAUACAGAGUGAAGCUAAUAUUAAGGGAUGGGGGGUUGUGAAUCUAGCCCCUUCUAACUGAUCUAUACAGGUCAGCACAACCAGAGGCCAACUGAUCUGCACAGCCUCCACCUCCUUCCACAACUUGGAAUCCCCAGACUUGGACCAUUUCACCACUCUUGGAAGAUGUGUGGCUUGAUAAUGGAGUUUAAAGUCCAGGAGAGCCAGACGUCCCCACUCCUUGGCAGAAUAAGGAUAUCAUAACUGAUUUGUAGCUUACCUCUGUGCCAGAUAUAUUUGAGGAUAGUUUUUUUUUAAUCUUUGCAGCUGACUUGCCCUCAGUUUCUCAGAAAAAUUCUUACACUUUUUUUUCAGCCUACACUGUUGAUUGAAGUCUUGGAAGACUGAAGACUGUUCAAUUAAGAUAAACUGGAGAAGCAUCAUAAAUGCGCUCAUGUGUCACCAUUAUUAUUAUUAUGAUAUUUAUAUAGUGCCGUCAAAUUCCGCAGCGCUUUACAAUGGGUGGACGAACAGACAUGUAGUUGUAACCAGACAAGUUGGACACACAGGAACAGAGGGGUUGAGGGCCCUGCUCAAUGAGCUUACAUGCUAGAGGGAGUGGGGUAAAAUGACACAAAAAGGUAAGGAUAGUAUUAGACUAAUGACAGUUGCAGAAGAGGAAUCAGUCAGGAGCUAUUAACAGUUUAAUGGAUACGCUUUUAUGAAGAAGUGGGUUUUUAACGAUUUUUUGAAGGAGUGGAGACUGGGUGAGCAUCUAACGGAGGAGGGAAGCAAGUUCCACAGGAACUGUGCAGCCCUCAAGAAAUCUUGAAGGCGAGCACCAGAGGUGGGAGUACAGACAGAAGAUAGACGUAAGUCUUCAGCAGAUCGUAAGGGCCUAGACGGGACAUACUUGUGUAUAAGGGAGGAUAGAUAGGUGGGAGCAGCAUUAUGUAGAGAUUUGAAAGCAAGAACCAAAAUUUUAAAUUGAGCUCUAUAUUUUAUAGGAAGCCAAUGUAGGGAUUGACAGAAGGGUGAGGCAUGGGAGGUGCGUGCGGACAGGAAGAUGAGCCUCGCCGACGCAUUCUUUAUGGACUGUAACGGCGCUAGUUGGGAGCACAUAAGACCACUGAGAAGCGGAUUACAGUAGUCAAGGCAAGAAAGGACAGUGGAAUGGACCAACACCUUAGUCGCAUCUGGCGUUAUGUAGGGGCGGAUGCGCGCAAUGUUUUUUAGAUGGAAAUGACAGGAUUUGGCGAUAGAUUGAACAUGAGGCUUGAAGGUGAGGUCGGAGUCAAAGAGAACACCUAGGCAGCGAGCCUGCAUGGUGGAGCUGAUGGUAGCACCGUUGACUUGGAGGAAGGGAGACACAGGAGUAACAACACUCGAGGGAGGAAACACCAGAAUUUCAGUUUUGGUCAAGUUUAGUUUAAGGAAGUGGGCAGCCAUCCAGUUAGAAACAGCAGAGAGGCAGUCAGAGACACUAGUCAAGAGGGACGGGAGAGAUCAGGAGAGGACAGGUAGAUUUGCGUGUCAUCUGCAUAGAAAUGAUAUUGGAAGCCAAAGGAGCUAAUGAGUUUACCAAGGGAGGCAGUAUAGAUGGAGAACAGUAGGGGACCAAGGACUGAACCUUGGGGGACACCAACAGAGAGGAGUUGGGGAGAAGAAGCAGAGCCAGAGAAAGAAACACUGAAAGAGCGCUGGGAGAGGUAGGAGGAGCACCAGGAGAGAGCAAUAUCUUGUAGACCGAUAUUGCGGAGGAUGAGAAGAAGCUGUUGAUGAUCAACAGUGUCAAAAGCCGCAGACAGGUCAAGGAGAAUUAAGAUAGAGUAGUGACCACGAGAUUUUGCAGCAAGUAGAUCAUUGGAUACUUUGGUCAGUGCCGUUUCCACAGAGUGCUUAGCGCGGAAACCAGACUGAAGCGGGUCUAGUAGAGAGUUGGACUCAAGGAAGUCUGUCAAUCUCGCAUACACAAUUUUUUCAAGGAUCUUGGAUGCAAAAGGCAGUAGCAAAAUAGGACGAUAGUUGGAUGGGGAGUUAGGGUCAAGAUUGGGCUUCUUUAGAAUUGGGGUUACAGUUGCAUGUUUGAAGGGCAAUGGAAAUAUACCAGAGGAGAGAGAGAGAUUGAGAAUUUUAGUGAGAGGUGGAGAAAGAGAAGAAGACAGAGUACGGAUGAGAUGCGAUGGAAUUGGAUCUAGGGAGCAGGUGGUGGGGCGGGAGGACUGGAGCAGAGCAGAAACUUCUUCCAAUGUAGCGGGUGCGAAUGAACAUAGAACAGCAGAGGGAGUGAAGUUAGGGGAAGUAUUAUAAGGGGAAGAAGAAAGAUGAGAUAUCUCUUCUCUGAUUGUAGAGAUCUUGUCAGUGAAGUGAGUUGCAAAGUCUGAGGCGGUCAAGUUAGUAGGUGGAGGAGGAACAGCAGGGUGAAGAAGAGAGUUAAAUGUGUGAAAUAGUCGUUUGGGAUCGCGGGAGAGUGUGGUUAUGAGGGUAAUGAAGUAAUUAACUUUUGCAGAGGAAAGAGCCAAGCUGUAUGAGCUCAGCAUAAAUUUAUAGUUGAGAAAGUCAGACGCACAGUGAGACUUUCUCCAACAGCGUUCAGCAGUUCUGGAGCAUUUUUAGAGGUAUCGAGUGCGCUUGGUGUGCCAGGGUUGUUGUUGGUUGUUGUUGGGGGGGCCUGCAGCGUUUAAAUGUACAAGGUGCCAUGAUGUCUAGUUGAGAGGAGAGGGUGGAAUUGUAGAAGGAGGUUGCAGAACUAGGACAGGUGAGGUUUGAGAUAGGCAAAAGGAGAGUUUGGAGAUUAGUGGAGAAAUGCUCUAGGUCAAGACAUUGGAGGUUUCUGUGAGAGUGAUGUUCAGACGGUGGUGUCAAUUGGGUCUUAGGUAUGCCAAUGUCAAAAGUCAGCAGAUGGUGGUCAGAUAGAGGAAAGGGAAUAUACAUGCAUACUUCUCAGGAAGGAAGGGUUGCUGGUGUAUGCAGAAUGCACAGUCUAUGUAGGCAUGCACAUUAAAACCAUGAGUUACUCAAGGGUGCCCAAGUAGCCCAAACCGUAGCAACAUGAUUUUAGAAUUCAAUAUCUCAUGUGAUUACACAUCAAACCAAAAUGGCCUUUUCAUUCAAUAUUCAUGUUCUUAAGCCUUAAGCUGUUAUAUAAUGUAUUGACACCGCCGGACCUAAUACAUUUAAACUACUUUUGUAAAUAUAUUAUAUUUAUUCUCUGUCUCCAUAAUUUUAUUCCAACAGCCAAUGGCAAGACAUAGAUUAGCUUAAUGUUAGCUUAAUGUCAUGAGGUCUCCGAGUCAGUGCUUGCUCGGCUGGUCUCUGUUUGCGCUUGCUGAUUCCUGCUCUGUGAACAGAAUGACCUCCAAAAAUAGACAUGUUAGCAUUUGCUGGGUCUUUGGACCAUCUGUCUAUGCAUUCAUUGUGCUAUGAUUUUGAUGUUUCCUGCGGUGGAUAAAUAGGUUAUGUGUCUUAACCCUGACAACAACAUAAAUCCUAAUAAUGAUGAGUCGGUCAGCACAGCACUUAGGAGAGUUAAUUUGCAUGUGUCUGGAAAAUAACAGUGACAAGAUUUUUUUUUAAAAGAGGAGAGUUUUACAAUUAAUUUACUAUUUUAUUGCAAACAGAACAUUUGCUCCACAGUAAACCCAUUACAUUAAAAAGGCUUAUAUAAUUUAUUUGUAGUAAUAAUUGACUUGCAUUACCUGUAUAUUACUUUACUGAUUAGUAUAAAUUACCUACAAUAUUUUUUUUUAAAGUGACAUCAUUUUUUACUAAAGUGUGAACUGAAGUGAAUGCAAACUAAAUUGCACAAAAAUAAGCCAAGAUAGCUGAAAUGGAAAAAUUCUAUUCUGUUUUCAGUUUGAAAUUUAGUCCUUCCAUUUAAAAUUCACUCUUAAAGGGACACUAUAGGCAUCCAGACCACUUCAGCUCAUUGAAGUGGUCUGGGUGCAUUGUCCCAGUCCUUUUAACAAUGCAAUUGUAAUUAUUGCAGUGAUUGAUAAACUGCAAUAAUAACCUUGCAGAGUUAACUCCACCUCUAGUGGCUGUCUAAAAAGUCACUAGUAGACUUUUGUUUGCCUUAACUGACGCUGGUUUCAAUUCUUUCCUAUGGGGUAGUCAUAAUGUGAGCACUGAGCUUGCCACAUGUACACAAUAGGUCCCUCACACCAACUGAUGUUGGUGGAGGAGGAGCGGAGACAGAGCUUGACCCAUUAUUUAAGGAUCUCUUGCUGUCCAAAAUAAUACCCAUCUUUUGAAAGCUUGAAGUGCCUAUUACCAAAUAUAAUGUUCCAAAUCAACCCUGACUAAACAGGGUUUGUUCCCACAGAGAGGCCUCUGAUAACACCACCAAGUUCUUAAUCCUAAUUCAUAUGGCCAGUGGUGUAUUUAGGAUUUGGGCUACACUAGGCAGGACGGUGCUCGGGCACCCCACCCUCCCCCAAUUAAAAUUUUCCCCACCCCUUCCUAUCAAGGCUGCACUUUGACAGACGCUCACUCACUGACAGAUGCACACUCACUGACAGACGCAUACACUCAUUGACAGACGCACACUCUCAUAUACACUGACAAACAAUGACAUACACACACACUAUUACUUGGACACACACUGAGAGAUGCACACACACUGACAGACGCACGCACUCACUGACCGAUACAUACACACUUACAGACACACAAAAAUUCACUUACAGACACACACAUUCACUUACAGACACACACACAUACACGCUUAUAGACACACACAUUCACUUAGACACACAUACUUACAGACACACACUUACAGACACAUACACACACACUUACAGACACAUACACAUUUCUCCCAACACUCACAAAUUAUUAUUUUUAUUUUAUUUUAAAGCCACCCAGCUGGAGUGGAUUCCUUACCUGUCCAUUGUGGCUGCUGGGCGGGCAGGCAGGGGGCGUACAGGCAGAGUAGGCGGAGCUUAGUGAUGCGGGAGCCGGUCUGGCGUAAUUUUCCGGCUCCCGGUUUGAGUAAGCAGCGCGGAGGGAGCUGAGCAGGAAGUAUACUCUUCUGAGUAUACUCUAUGUGUGAAUGUGGCAUUUUGGCAGCAAUUUAUCAUCCCCUACGACACCUGUCAGGUAUGCCCCUGUAUUUAUUGAUUUCUGUCCUGGUACUCAAAUGAUUCCCAGGGAUUACAACUAAGUCCUGAUGUUCAGCACAUAUCGGUGGGAAACCGCAAUGCAGCUACAUUUGCAGAUUUCAUUAUUUUCACCAGCGCUGGAAUCAG